GUUCCAGAUGUAUAACAUAGGACUGCCAUCAGAUCUCAAAGAGAUGGCAGCCAUUGAGGCUAGAAGAAAUCGAGAAAAGGAGCGACAGAGCCGAUUCUUCAAUGUGCGGAACCGAGUCAUGGGGGUGGAUGUUGAAGCCCUGAACAACCAAGUGAAAGAGCAAAAGCUUCAGGAGGCAGCCGAGCGAAGCAAGGAGGCAGCCUAUGGUAUCUAUCAGAUGCAGUAUGAUCUGGUAGCCCAGAUGUUAGAGAAGGAACAGGCAGAACAGAGUCGUGGGCUGGCCAAGAAGGUCCAGGAAUUUCGGGAACAGAAGCAGCAGCUCAAAAGCAGCUAUGAAUUUGACCUUGGUAAUCCAGUCCAACUCUGGAAUGAGUUUCCAGCCCAUUUACGUGACAGUGAUCCCUACUAUGGCCCAGCUAGCCUGCAGUGCUUCUCUGGGGAAGACUUGGACAGAGCCAUGUGCCUGAGAAUGCAGCAGGAGCAGUUUAAGUACAACCUGGAGAAGCAGCUGGAGGAGAAACAGCAAGCCAGAGCAGAUGAGAAGUAUGCAGAUAUGCUUAGUGACCAGCUAUGUCUAGCUGCAGACAUGCGGACCAGCCAGCUGGCCAAGAUGGAGGAGUUCUCCCGCAUAGCCACGAUGACUGCCAUGGCCAACAUCAACAAAGCCCAGGCAGCCGAGGGGACUGAAUGGCAGCACUAUGAGCAUCAGCGCGAACAGAAGGCCAACCUCACAGAGAUCCAGAACCAGAUCACUAGUGACCUACUGACUGAGAACCCACAGGCUGCCCAACACUCUAUGGUUCCCAACCGAGUCCUGCCCUAUUGCUGGAAAGGCAUGACUCCAGAGCAGCGAGUUGCCAUCAGGAAAGUUCAGGAGGCACAAUGCCAUGAGAAGGAGGCACAGCGCCAAGCCGAACAGGCAUUGAGUGCCGAAUGGGACAGCCAGACCACACGCAUAACCCAGGCAGCACUGGAGCUAGAAGAACAGGAAAGAAAACUGUGUGCUGAAUUUCAGAGAGGACUGGGCUCCUUCAACCAGCAGCUUGCUAAGGAGCAAAAAUUCCAGCAGAAUUAUCUGAAUUCAGUAAUCUACACCAACAAACCUACAGCCCAUUAUCACCUUCAGUUUAACACCAGCAGCCGCUGAGCCCAGGAUGUUCAUCUCUCUCUUCUCCUGUCAAGCUCAUAGAUGGCUGGGAGUCAAAGAGGAAAAUGCUUCAAACCUUCAACUCCAACCCAUUCCCCACUGGGAGAGAUCUGAGAUAGUACCUCCACCUCCUACUUUGGAAAUAAAGUUGUUCCAAAUCAAGGCCA